GCGGGGUCUGGUUUGCGGAUGCUGAGGAGGAUCUGAACCGGGAAACCUCAGUUUCUCCCCGACACCGAGCAGUGAACACGUCCAGCCAUGUCCGAGUCCCAGAGCUCCCAGAGCUCCCAGUCCCGCUCCGCCAGCGCCGCUCCCGCCGCUAACGGAGCCCCGAAGAAGAAGAGGAACGUGGCCGUCAUCACCGGCAUCACCGGGCAGGACGGGUCGUACCUGGCCGAGUUCCUGCUGGCUAAAGGAUACGAGGUUCACGGCAUCAUGCGUCGCUCCAGCUCCUUCAACACGGGUCGGAUCGAGCAUCUUUACCAGAACCCUCAGACUCACACGGAAGGAAAUGGCACCAGUUCAAACUACAUGAAGCUGCACUACGGAGACCUCACCGACAGCACGUGUCUGGUGAAAAUCAUCAAUGAGGUGAAACCCACGGAGAUUUACAACCUGGGAGCGCAGAGCCACGUCAAGAUCUCGUUCGACCUGGCCGAGUACACGGCCAACGUGGACGGGGUGGGGACGCUGCGUCUGCUGGACGCCAUCAAGACCUGCGGGUUAACCAACAGCGUCCGGUUCUACCAGGCGUCGACCAGCGAGCUGUUCGGGAAGGUGCAGGAGAUCCCGCAGAAGGAGACCACACCCUUCUACCCCCGCUCCCCCUACGGAGCUGCUAAACUGUACGCCUACUGGAUCGUGGUGAACUUCAGAGAGGCCUACAACAUGUUUGCUGUCAACGGGAUCCUGUUCAACCACGAGAGUCCCAGACGAGGCUCCAACUUCGUGACGAGGAAGAUCAGCCGCUCGGUGGCGAAGAUUCACCUGGGCCAACUGGAAUCCUUCAGCCUGGGGAACCUGGACUCCAUGAGGGACUGGGGCCACGCCCGGGACUACGUGGAGAGUGGACCAGAAACUCCACCGCCUGGGAGUCCUGUACGAGGAGAAGCAAAGCCAGGUUUGGAAGGCCUCACCAAGAAGCAGCACGACCCGCUCCAGGAAGGGAAGGAGAGAGGCCGAGGUCGAUGCUCUGCUGCAAGAACGGCGCCAGCUCCCGCAGGAGAUGGAGGGAAGCUCAGGAAGAGGAGAGGCGAGAACUGA